AUGGACGUCCUCCGAAGGAUCAUGCCUCGUCGGAUGAAGCGCGACCAGUACUCUUUCGAGCUUCUGAAGAGCUCCUCGGCGAUGGAGCUGUCGUCGGCGGCGUCGUCGUCGCGACACAACGAGACGCCAAUGACGCCUCUGCCGCGACAUUUCUCCCAGUACGACAGUAUUCGCAUAGCGCCGCCGGCCCAAUCGGCGCUAGCCAAGCCUGUCGAGGUAACCCCGCUGCUUCUACUCCACUUUUUCGACUUGUUGACUUUGAUUUUUCAUGUGGGAGAUUUCAAGUUCUGUGGUAAAAUAAUAUCUAAGAUAUUUCAGAGAAGAACUUACAUAGUUUUGGAAUGUAGUUUAUCAGUUGUGCCUCGACGACCUCUAUUUCAUAAAAACUCUUUUUCUAGAAAAAUUGCCUUUUUUUAGAACUUUAAUAUAUUCAGGAUCUUAAAUGUACCAUGAAAAAAUUUGCGGAUCUCAAUUUAUCAUUUCUUCAUAUGGAUUCAAUCUAAAAAUCUCAUCAGGAGAAAUUUUCCGUAGAGCACACUGUAA